AUGCAGCCAAUUAAUUAUGAUUAAGUUCUCAUAACCUUUUAAUGCUCUCGUAAACAUUUAGUUAUUGAUUCUAAAUACUAUGUUUACAUGCUUCCUAAAAUUUUGAUUCUUUCAAGUGUAAUUAUUUAUCCUUUCUUAGAAUCCCAAACAAUAAAACCCAAAAUAUAUUGUAUAAUUAAGUUUAACAUCCAAAAUUCAUUGGAUAACAAAACCUAAGACAGCUAUUCUUGAAUAAUUUGGAUUCAAAUACAAGGAUGAAAUAAAAUAUUUCUUUGCCUCAACAAAAGAUUUGUAACAACUUAAGGAUUUAAUGCAGGGUUAAAUCAUGUUUAAAGAUAUAAGUGAUUUCUAUUCUCCUAUCUCUAUGUUAGGUAAAGGUGGUUCUUCUAAAGUAAUAAUUUCAUUUUUACUUAGGUCUAUUUAGUAACUAAAAAAGACGAUUAAUCUUAAUUUGCAUCUAAAUGUGUUGAUAAGAGAUAUUUGUAAGAAGAUGGAGGAUAUGUAAAUUAUUUUUAAAUUAUUAGCAUGCUUUGUUCAAUGAAAUUCAAUUAAUGUAAAGACUUAAACAUGAAAACAUCAUUCAAUUAGUUGAUCUUUAUGAAGGAGAAAACACAUUUUAUCUUAUUCUAGAAUAUUUAGAAGGAAAAAGUUUGCAUGAAUUACUGAUUUAAAGAUAAUCAAUUUUUGAAUAAGAACAAAUUUAAAUAAUUAUUAAAGUAAUUAGCAUUACAUAUUAAAGUUAAUUUUAUAAUCAAUUGAUUAUAUGCAUUCUUAAGGUAUUAUGCAUCGUGAUUUAAAACCAGAAAACAUCAUGUUUAAAAAAAAUAAUCAACUUUAAUCCCUUAAAAUUGUUGAUUUUGGCUUAGCAACAUCUCAAAAUAUUGAAGUCUUUCCAUUCCCUAAAUGUGGAACACCUGGUUAUGUUGCACCAGAAAUUGCUAAUUUAAAAGAUUUAUCUUAAAAAUAUACUUCUAUUUGUGAUGAAUUUAGUGUGGGCUGUAUUUUUUAUAAAUUGUAUUCAAUUUAUUUAUAUUCAAGAUGUACUGGAAAAGAACUGUUUCCUGGAAGUGAUUAUCAAGAGAUUUUAAGAUUGAAUAAAAAAUGUAAUGUAGUUCUAGAUAUACUUUCUAUUUAUAAAACUCCUCCAGAAGCUAUUGAUUUAAUAUCUUAAUUACUUAAAGCUAAUCCAAAAGAAAGAAUUACUGCCUAAAAUGCACUUUUACAUCCUUACUUCUAAAAACAAUAUGAAAACAAAAAAACUAAAUUCUAAUAAUCAAAUGUUACAAAAUAAAAUCCUGUAUUUCAAACUUAAAAUUUCAAUUCUAAAGUUGUUAAUAUUAUUUUUUAAAAAUUCGAAGAUGACAUUGUAGAAGAUGAAAAUACAAAACAAUUAAGCAUACCUGUUAUGUAAAAUAUGAAAUCUUUUGUUUAAAUUUAAUAAAAUGCUUUUUCCCCUGAAAAUCUUUAACCUCGAAAACAUAUGAAAAAAUUUCAAACCUCAGAAUUUGACUAAUAUACUUAAACAAUAUCUCCAAAAUUAAACAAUUUUAAACCAUCCUUAAUUAUGAAUUGUGAAACUUAUGCUAAUACACCAAAUCUAGAUAAAACAGCCCAAACAACUAUAAAUAAUUUAAUAAAUAAAGGAUAAGUUUCUGAGGUAAUUAAUUUUAUGUACAAAAUUGAAGAAGAGCAAGAAGAAGAAAAAGGAAUAUAGAAAUGA